AUGUUCUCGGCCCGCGCCUCUCCCGUCACCUGGUUCGGCCCCAAGCGCAUGCGCGAGGCGCCCUGCCUCGUCGAGGACCUGCCCGGCGUCGACUUGGUCCUGAUCUCGCACAACCACUACGACCAUCUCGACUUGGCGACGAUCCUCGCCGUACACGCGAGGUGGCCUCGCGCCAUGUACUGCGUCGGCCUCGGUAACGCGCCCUGGUUCAUCGCUCGCGGCAUCUCGCCAGACCAAGUCCGCGAGAUGGACUGGUGGGAGGAGGUCGUUUUCCCGGCGUCGCAGUUCCUCGACCGGCCGACCUCGGGACGACGGCGUGCGCCUCGAGCGGAAGGAGCAGCGGAGGAGAUAUGGGUCACCUGCGUCCCUGCGCAGCACACGAGCGGCCGCAGCUUACUCGAUCAGCGAAAGACGCUGUGGUGCGGCUGGGUCGUCGAGCGCCUCGCGCGGGCCAAGGUGGCGACGUUGCCGGCGUCCUUCCCUCCUGCGACUUCCCCAUCGUCCUCCUUCCCGACCUCGCGCACCUCGUUCCGCGCAUCCUCGUCCAUUGCGACCUCUUCCGACACGUUGCUCGACCCGUUCGACGACUCGCACGGCGUCGACUAUGCGGCUUGGGCGCGACGAGCCGUCGAAGGAGGACUUCCCGCGGCCCGAGCGCGCGCCGAGGAGACGAUGGCGACGGCGCGUUGGGUGCGACGAGGCUCGGUCUACCACGCAGGAGACACGGGCUGCCGACCUUGCGCCGGGUCGCCGCUCACCUCGCCCGUCUUCUCGGCUCUCGGCGCAGAGUACGGUCCAUUCGACCUGUCGUUCAUCCCGAUCUGGCGCGGCGGUACCCUCGGCUUCAUCUCGGCGCUCGGCCUGCGGCUCUGCCAGGAGAACCUCCCGACGUCGACGCACGCCUCGCCGACCGACGCCGUGCAGAUCCACCUCGACGUGCGCAGCCGAAACACAGUCGGCAUCCACUUUGGCACCUUCCAGGGCUCGCAUCUCGAGGCGCUCGAGGCGCUGCACGAGCUCGAGAGCGCGUGCGACGAGGCGGGCGUGCGCAACUUGCGCGACGAGAAGGGGGGCAAGCGGGGGAGGAUGGGCAGGGUCGACAUCGGCGAGACGAUCGUCGUCCCUGUGCGGGCGCAGAUCAUCGACGUGUAG